UAAGUUACGCGCCGCGAAGAACAACUCCUAAUUUAGUUAUCACUGCAAUUCAAAUUCAAUUUAAAUCUAAAACCCUAAAAUUUCCAGAUUCCGAUUCAUUGAUUUCACCCGCCAAAUUCCAAUCUCUUCUCUUUUCUUCGAAUCGAUUCUUAUCGUAAAUUGACAAAUUUAUUCAUUUAUUUAUUUUCAAAAAUGGCGAUGGCUGGUUUGUACAGACGGCUCCUUCCUUCUCCUCCGGCAAUCGACUUUGCUUCGCCCCAAGGAAAGGAACUUUUUAUGGAAGCAAUUCACAGUGGAACCAUGGAGAAUUUCUAUAGAUUGAUUUCUUAUUUUCAGACUCAGUCAGAACCGGCUUACUGUGGAUUGGCGAGCUUGUCCAUGGUGUUGAAUGCCCUAGCUAUUGAUCCUGGAAGAAAAUGGAAAGGACCUUGGAGAUGGUUUGAUGAGUCUAUGUUAGAUUGUUGUGAACCUUUGGAAAAGGUUAAAGCUCGAGGCAUCUCAUUCGGUAAGCUUGUAUGCUUGGCUCAAUGUGCUGGAGCCAAAGUUCAAGCUUUCCGUACAAAUCAUAGUACCAUCAACGAUUUCCGCAAGUAUGUCAUGGAAUGUUCCACUUCAGAUGAUUGUCAUUUGAUCUCAUCGUAUAAUAGAGCAGCUCUCAAACAGACUGGAACUGGUCAUUUUUCUCCUAUUGGUGGUUAUCAUGCUGGAAAGGACAUGGCACUUAUCUUAGAUGUUGCACGUUUCAAAUAUCCCCCACAUUGGGUUCCGUUACCAAUUCUAUGGGACGCCAUGGAUAAUGUUGAUGAAACUACUGGACAGCGUAGAGGGUUCAUGCUAGUAUCUAGGCCUCACAGGGAGCCUGGACUGCUGUAUACCCUGAGCUGUAAACACGAGAGUUGGAUCGGUAUUGCCAAAUACUUAAUGGAAGAUGUCCCUCUCCUCUUGAAGUCAGAAAGUGUGAAGGACAUUCAGAAAGUCAUUUCUAUUAUUUUUACAUCUCUCCCAUCCAAUUUUGAGGAGUUUAUUAAGUGGGUUGCAGAAGUUCGAAGGCGAGAAGAUGGUGCCCAAGGUGUAAGCCCAGAAGAGAAUGCUAGACUCUCUGUCAAGGAGGAAGUAUUGAGACAAGUUCAAGACACCGGCCUUUAUAAACACGUAACAGAAUAUCUGUCAUCCGCUAAUUCCUGUCGCAGAAACAUAACAACUCCUAACAACGGUGAUAAUUUACCAAAAUUAGCUGCAAGUGUCUGUUGCCACGGGGCAGAGAUUUUAUUCGGUAAGUCUGGUUCACAGGGCUACUGCUGUCGGGAAACAUGUGUUAAGUGCUUGGAAGCUAAUGGCAGAAAUCCAAUCACAGUAGUAUGUGGGACUGUGGUAAAUGGAAACUCUGAACAGGGAGUUGACAUGCUAUUACCUUCCUCCGAGUCAAGUUCAACCUGCCACUGCUCUGGCUCUAAAGAUCACAUUUGGUUACACCCAGCCGAAAAUGAUGUUUUAACAGCACUUCUUCUGGCAUUGCCUGCAGAGACAUGGUCUGGGAUCAAAGAAGAGAAACUUUUGGAGGAAAUAUAUAACCUUGUUUCAAUUGAGAAUCUUCCCACUUUUCUGCAAGAAGAGGUAUUUCACUUACGUCGCCAGCUUCAUCUUUUGAAAAGAUGCCAAGAAAAUAAAGUUGAUGAGGUCUCUACAGAAGAGUCCUUCCCUCUCCUCCCGCGAUUGAAUUCGCUUCCCCUCAAGGAAAGACACUUUUUAGCGAAGCUUUAGGAGAUGGAACAAUGGAAGGGUUUUUCAAGCUUAUUUCUUACUACCAAACGCAAUCUGAGCCUGCCUAUUGUGGACUCGCUACCCUUUCUAUGGUCCUCAAUUCACUUGCUAUUGAUC